AUGAAAGGUUCCGCUCGACCGGUGCUGGCUCCCUCGCCAUUCCGACAAUUGCGCCGGAAGAUAGGAUUGGUAUGGUGUGAUACCGUGAGGUUUUCCCUCCCCAAGAUUCAACUACUCGGGUGUUCCUGUACUUUCGCCAUCAUGUCUACUGCUGCUGAGCAACUCGCCGCGCUUGAGAGCGCAGGCCUUAGCCCUGCGGAAAAGUCCAAGGCCCAGGCCGCAGUCAUCGAGGAGCUGAAGAAGAAGACAACCACGGCUGAAUUGCUCGAUGAAAUCAAGCAACUAAGCGCCUUUUCUAUCGCAAUCGAUAAGGACUUUGACAAAGUCUACCGUGCAUUUGGCGAGGUAGAUAACUCUGGGUUCAAUUUCCCCAGGAAGCUUCAGCCUGAGUGGAAAGUAAUCAAAGAUAGAUGGACCAAGCUUCUUUGGGACUCACGAUCCACGGCCACAAAAAUACAGGUCCAGCUUGAUGAUUUCCAUGACGUGAUUGUGCCCAAAAUUCGAGCUUUCCUGGCGGCUGGCCACCCGCCAGCGUUUGCUCCAUUUUACUUUGUGCCACUGAGGGACGAGCUGAGGGCUUUCCGGGAGCGCGACCCUGUGAAAGAGGCCAAGGUAGAUGCUCAAGGGAAUUCAACCGCCUUCUUGGAACUUCAGAGGGACCUUGAACACUUCAAAACCACAUUCAAUGAUUUCACCAAAGCUGAGAGAGCAAAACUUGAAGCACAGAUUUCGUCUGUCAAGGGGCAAAUUAAUUCACUGAUCAUCGAGAUCCGGAAGUGUGAUGAUACGAUCAGGAGACUUGGGAUCCUCCUCGGAGUUACCAUUGUUGGAACAGCCAUUGCGGCAGGCUUCAGCCUUUUCGCCUUUGGGAUAUUGGGCCCGUUCAUUGCCGUCAAAGUGCUGAUUGUUGGCGCCAUCGCUGUAAUCGCCGAAAAGGUAGCUCUUAUUAAUACUAUCAGGCGAAAAAAUGAUCUCCAAGCACAGCUCAGGGCCAAGGAGGCCGAGCUCAGGGGACUUGAAGCCAAACUUGAACUGUUGAAGAAGAUCGAAGCCCUCUUGGAGGCUCAAAGGUCGUCCAUCAGCGACAUUGCGUACCGCAUCGCUAGCUUCACCCAUAUUUGGUCUGUGAUGGCGAACGAUGCUCUAUACUUCGAAACAGCUCUAGCAAACCUGUCUGAAGGUAGCGCAGAUGAUGUCCAAACUCGUCUCAAUGCGAUUAGCGCCGUCUAUCUUCCACUCAAGCAAGGCCUCACCUCUUACGCGAUCCAGGUCGACAACUCCGGAAUCCCCAAGCCGAAGUAA